CCGGAAUUAGUUGCUCGGCACUUCCUGUUGAUGUUGAUGUUUUGAGUUUAGCAGACUGCUUUAUUGAAAGUGAUGGCAUAUGAUGAAAAACUGUCUAUUUGUCUACACGCUCUCCCUUUCCUUGGGUGUCGUCUUAAAUUUCUUUAAACUUGAUGACAAUUUUGAUUUUAAUGAAAAGAAAUAUGGUUAUUUCAACCAGUCUGAGAGAAUCGAACUUUUACAAGCAGCUAGAGAUAUGUUUCAUUUUGGUUAUGACAACUACAUGAAGUAUGCUUAUCCUGAAGAUGAGUUAGACCCAAUAGACUGUGAAGGGCGUGGACAUGACCAUGAUAACCCAUCCAACAUCAAUAUUAAUGAUGCCCUUGGUGACUAUAUGCUUAGUCUGGUUGAUACAUUGGAUACACUUGCGAUAAUGGGAAACAGCACAGAAUUUAAGAAUGCAGUACAGAUUGUGAUAGAUAAUCUUGUCUUCAAAUCAAACACAGUGCAAGUUUUUGAAGUGACAAUAAGAAUGUUAGGUGCCUUAUUGUCAGCCCAUCUUAUCAUCACUGACCCAGAACAGCCAUUUGGUAACAUGAGUAUACCUGGAUAUGAUAAUGAACUCUUAACCCUGGCUAAUGACCUUGGCACAAGGUUACUUCCAGCUUUUGAAAACACAAAGACAGGAAUCCCGUAUCCUAGGGUGAACUUAGAGAAUGGUGUGCCAGUUGACUGUGUCAAUACAACAUGUACAUCAGGGGCAGGAACUCUUGUCUUAGAAUUUGCUGUUUUGUCCAGAUUAUUGGGUGAUCCUAUAUAUGAAUCUUAUGCACGAAGAGCAGUUAGAAAUUUAUGGCAGCUUAAGUCUAAUGUUACAGGAUUGCUAGGAAGUGUUUUAAAUAUCCAGACAGGUGAAUGGACAGGAGAAAUGAGUGGUUUAGGAGCAGGUCAUGAUUCAUUUUAUGAAUAUCUUUUAAAGAGUUAUAUAUUAUUUGGAGAAGUAGAAGAUUUAGAAAUGUUUAAUGAAGCUUAUGAAACAAUAAAAUUCCAUUUACGUAGAGGGAGAUUAAAGUGUAACAAUGGUUCAGGUUAUCCCCCUUUAUAUGUUAAUGUACAUAUGAAAACAGGAGAUACUGUAAAUAAUUGGAUUGAUUCGCUGCAGGCAGCAUGGCCUGGUAUACAAGUUUUAAAUGGAGACAUUGAAGAAGCUAUAUGUUCCCAUGCCUUAUUUUAUUUUAUAUGGAAAAAGUAUGGAUUUUUACCAGAAAGAUACAACUGGAAUUUACGGGUACCAGAAGUUAUGUUUUAUCCACUGAGGCCAGAACUUAUUGAAUCCACAUACUUCCUUUAUCAAGCAACUAAAAAUCCAUUCUACCUCCAUGUUGGAAAGGAAAUCCUUCAAAAUAUUAAUACCUAUGCAAAAGCAGAAUGUGGUUAUUGUACAGUACAUGAUGUCAAUACAAAGGAACUAGAAGACAGAAUGGAAAGUUUCUUCCUUAGUGAAACUUGUAAAUAUCUGUACUUGUUAUUUGAUGAAGACAAUCAUUUAAACAAACAUGCUUCAAAAUAUGUGUUCACCACAGAAGGACAUGUUUUCCCUAUAGAUAAAAGGUUCAGAGUAAAACCAUGGGAGGAGGAUACACAGACUGAGGAGGAGAAAGAAAGUGUUCCUAAAGUGAUGAGUGUGGUGAAUGUAGCAGAUAAUUCUACUUUCAAUUGUGAUACCAUUCCAGAUGAUCGUAAACAUUUUCUACCACUAAGAAGUCCUUAUUUUGAACAGCUUCAGAGUGCCAUUGGUAUAGAUUGAUGUGUACAUGUUUAGGUCAUUUAAUUUAUUAACUGUCUAAGGAUAACCUUAGAAGGUAAAAACUCCUGCCAAUAUUUGAGUAUCGAAUAUUUUCUCUUUAAGUCAUGAAGAGCUUAACUUGACAGCACUGAACAUGAAUGGAUAUUUAAGCAAAUUAUGUUUCUUUAGAUCACUUGAGCUAAUUCCUUUUGUCUUUAGAUCUUGUUAUUGUAAAAUUUGGUUAAGCUUUCUUAUCUUUUGUAACUUAAUAUAAUGUUAUUAUAAGACAGGUGCUUGAUUUAUAUUAGUUAAAUUACAAAAUAAUAUUCACUCAUGUUUUAAUGCAAGUGUUCAGUUUAGACAGGUAUUUAGUUUCAUAGUGUUUGCCAAGGACAGGUCUCGCUGUAUUAAAAUUUAAAAUUUGAUGAGUGAUGCUUUAGUAAUGAAACUCAAGUAGACAUUAAGAGAAGAAAAAUGUUGGUUUCGAUUAUAGAAGUUUAUAUUUCUGAAUUUAUCCAUUAUAAUCUUCUUGAAAAGAAAUGUUCAUAUUUGUUUUUAUGCACUUAUUGUCAAAACACAACAGAUCUCAAAUAGUUUUCAUCAUUAUGCCUGAUUUGCUGAUAAAAAUGGAUAUUAACAGUGUGAAUAAAAGCAGGAAGAGAAAGUAUUUUUUUUUUAUUCUAUGAAAAAGUAUAUUGAAUAUAUAUUCUACUGCCCAAGUUCAUUUGAUUUAUGUUAUUGUUGAAACUUUUAAUUUGUGCUAUUUAUAGAUAAAUUUGUGAAUGAAAAAUCACAACAAUAUUAAUAAACAGGAAGGUAAAAUCAAACUCUGAUUUUUUAUCUAUUUAUUCAAGAUAUGUUUUAGUCACUUUAGUUUUUGCUAAAAUUUUGCUCUGGCUUUUAUUUUAUACUGAUGCGUGGUAGAAUUUUUUUUCAAAUUAUUUUUUUUGUUACAUAUUUUUCCAUCUUUGUCAAGUGGCUUUAACUUACAGGAAUAAAAUCACCAGUAAUUUCAUAUGCUUAACUGUGGAUGCAUUAAUUUUUUGUGGUUUUGAAAACAAUUUGUUAUGUAGAAUUUUUUUAUACUGGUUAAACUAACUCAAAAGUUUCUUGAGAAACUUGUUUUUUUUUAGUUUAUUUUUACAAAUCACUUACUAGUACAUCCACAAAAUUCACAAAAAAUAAGUACCCCAUAAAUGCGAUUGAAUCCACAAUAAACUGUUUUUUAUGUCUUGCCUGACCUUGUCCUUAAAUCUACAUCAUCAUUUAUAUAAUAUAUAGCUGAAUUGCAAAGAUUUAAAUGAAAAUCUGUUUUUCUGAGAUGUAUUAUGGAACUACUAUAUAGUGAAGGCUACUGUGUGAAUUUCUUUAUACAAGUCAACUUUUGACACUUUGUUAAUGGCUUGUUUACUACUUGCCAAAUUGAAUGCAAAUUUGUAAUAUAUAAGAAUUGAUGCAUAUUACAGGCUUUAUUAAAGACAGUUUAGUCCUGAGCUUCUCUGGUAAUUAUUAUUUUUUCAAUCUCAGCAAAACAUAUUCCAUGAUGUUGUUUGUAUAUAUAUCAGAUGUUUUAUUUUGAUAAAGGAAAAUAUAUUUUUAAACAGUAUUUCAAAAAAGUUCAGUAUUUAUAUGUAUGUUGUUAAUGGUUUAAGGUGGUACCAAACACCUGGAUUAAAAUUAAUUUGGCUCGUUUAAUUUUCAUAAGAUUUUGACUAAAUAUUUACUUUGACCCUUCGAAAUUAAAAAAAAAAAAUCAGAAAACUUGAAACGAUCACUAUCUCGGAAAAAAUUGGUUGGAUAGAUUGCAGUUUGACAAGCACUAAUUUUGAUCGUUUAGGAGCUUAAUAUUUCCUCAACAAUACAAUGUGAUUAAAACGUUUAGCUGAUUUUACAGAGGUAUCUCCCUGUAGUGUUAUAUACCACUUUUAUUAUAAUCUGAUACAAAAUUUUCUAAUGAACCAAAUAUAUGUUCCAUAGUAAUGGCAAUAAUUUAAGAAUCCUGUUUACUUUAGUUUUUCACAAAGUUGUGUAUUUGAAUUGACUUGUUUUAUGCAAGUCUGAUUUAUCCAGUAGUUCAUCCAUCAAGCAAGUCAAAUAUAUCAGUUGAAUAAUUUGUGAACUGCAAUCAAAAAAUUAUAGUGUAGAAAUUUAGUGUUAAUUUUUUUUUAUAAAUAUUUUGAUUAUUUGUUUAAUUUUCUUUAUGAGUAGUCACAAUUGCUAUCGAUACAAACUCCUUAAAUAGAUAAGGUAUAGUAGGAGUCAUUAUAUGGCUCCUUAUAUAGCAAAUGUAGUUUUUCUUUCCAUUUUUUGAGAAAUAAUGUUUGAAGAAUUGAAGGCUUCUUUUUGUAUUCUACUUUUGGUGUAAAUUUAUUAACUUCAACACAUUUCAUAAUUAAAAUGUGCACUAGAUCAACAGAAAUACAGCCCCAUAGAAUUUAAUUUUUAUUCCCUAUUUCAUCAUCUAUGUCUGGGCAUCUCUGUAUGAAUGAAUAACAAAUGUAUCAAUGACGAAGAUGAAAAAAGGCUGCAUACACUUUGUUCAAAUAUGUGUCACCAUUACUUUUUAUUAUACAGGUAGAGGUACACAAUAUAUUUUAUCUUUUUGGGAAGGCAAUUGGCCUAUAAUUGCUUACAUCACUACAUUUGAACUCAGGUAGAUGGUUGUCUCAUUGGCAAUCAAACUCCUUAUAUUUAUAGUAUUACCAUUAAGAUCAUGUGGCAUUAAACAACAACAUAUCAUUCAUAGAUCAUAUUUUGACAAAUUAUUCACUUCAUUAUUUCUACAGUUGAUCUAGUUCUGGUCAUUUUUUAUUGGUGAAUACAUUAAGUUUACCUGGCUAUCUCUUGUGGGAUUUUGUAUUCAUGGUUUGGCAUCAUCAAAGUAUACCCCAUAACAACAUUCAUUCAUAGGAAAAUUUUGAAGGUAAAUUAGUCAUAUUUGCUAUGUGUGGAGCCUUAUUUGAUUGUUGGUGUAUGGAAAUUUAAGCUACAGGUCAGGCUAUAAAUAACAAUGGGUAGUAAUUUCUUUCCUUUUAUAUUAGUUUUUUUCUAGGAACAGUUGUAUUUAUGAGUUUUAUAUAUUAUAAUAUGCCAAAAUCCUCAAAAUGCUGUAUUAAAAUAAGAUUUUUGGAAUACUAUAUACCAACAUGAAUUUGCUGCAGAUUUGUUUGUUAUUUAUAU